AUGGCUCAGGUAGCUCUAGAUGGUAAAUUGGCUUGUCAAAUCCUUCUGGCAUUCCGAGUCCUUCCAUCCGACAUUCCGAGUCCUUCCAUCUGGCAUUCCGAGUCCUUCCAUCCGACAGGAAAAAAAUUUCCCGACAACUGGAAAAAAAUUUCCUUCCGACAGGCAAAAUUUUUCCAGUUGUCCGACCAAAAACCAUUCAAAUUUUCGAAAAUUGAGAACUUUUUGGUCGAACUUCAGGAAAAAUUUUUCCUUCCGACAGGAAAAUAUUUUCCCGACAACUGGAAAAGUUCUUCCAUCCGACAGGACACAAACGAAUGUCCGACGUACCACCAACCGACAGCCCCAAAGCCAGAAGAACCGACAGACCCAGCACCACAACAGACUUACUAA